CCAUUUUAGGUGGUCCGCGGCGGCGCCAUUAAAGCGAGGAGCAGGCAAGAGGGGCCGCCGCUGUUUCUUAUUCUUUUUCAGUGCAGCGGGAGAGGGCAGGAGUGCGCGCCGCGCGAGAGUGGGAGGCGAGGAGGCAGGCCAGGGAGAGGCGCAGGAGCCUUCGCAGCCACGCGCGCGCCUUCUCUGUCUUGUUGUGUGCCUCGCGAGGUAGAGCGGGCGCGCGGCAGCGGCGGGGAUUACUUUGCUACUAGUUUCGGUUCGCGGCAGCGGCGGGUGUAGUCUCGGCGGCGGCGGAGGCAGUAGCACUAUGUCGGAGGAGCAGUUCGGCGGGGACGGGGCGGCGGCGGCGGCAACGGCGGCGGUAGGCGGCUCGGCGGGCGAGCAGGAGGGAGCCAUGGUGGCGGCAGCGCAGGGGGCAGCGUCGGCGGCGGGAAGCGGAGCUGGGACCGGGGGCGGAACCGCAGCCGGAGGCACCGAAGGGGGCAGUGCCGAGUCGGAGGGGGCGAAGAUCGACGCCAGUAAGAACGAGGAGGAUGAAGGCCAUUCAAACUCCUCCCCACGACACUCUGAAGCAGCGACGGCACAGCGGGAAGAAUGGAAAAUGUUUAUAGGAGGCCUUAGCUGGGACACUACAAAGAAAGAUCUGAAGGACUACUUCUCCAAAUUUGGUGAAGUUGUAGACUGCACUCUGAAGUUAGAUCCUAUCACAGGGCGAUCAAGGGGUUUUGGCUUUGUGCUAUUUAAAGAGUCGGAGAGUGUAGAUAAGGUCAUGGAUCAGAAAGAACAUAAAUUGAAUGGGAAGGUGAUUGAUCCUAAAAGGGCCAAAGCCAUGAAAACUAAAGAGCCUGUUAAAAAAAUUUUUGUUGGUGGCCUUUCUCCAGAUACACCUGAAGAGAAAAUAAGGGAGUACUUUGGUGGUUUUGGUGAGGUGGAAUCCAUAGAGCUCCCCAUGGACAACAAGACCAAUAAGAGGCGUGGAUUCUGCUUUAUUACCUUUAAAGAAGAGGAGCCAGUGAAGAAGAUAAUGGAAAAGAAAUACCACAAUGUUGGUCUUAGUAAAUGUGAAAUAAAAGUAGCCAUGUCAAAGGAACAGUAUCAGCAACAGCAACAGUGGGGAUCUAGAGGAGGAUUUGCAGGAAGAGCUCGUGGAAGAGGUGGUGGCCCCAGUCAAAACUGGAACCAGGGAUAUAGUAACUAUUGGAAUCAAGGCUAUGGCAACUAUGGAUAUAACAGCCAAGGUUACGGUGGUUAUGGAGGAUAUGACUACACUGGUUACAACAACUACUAUGGAUAUGGUGAUUAUAGCAAUCAGCAGAGUGGUUAUGGGAAAGUAUCCAGGCGAGGCGGUCAUCAAAAUAGCUACAAACCAUACUAAAUUAUUCCAUUUGCAACUUAUCCCCAACAGGUGGUGAAGCAGUAUUUUCCAAUUUGAAGAUUCAUUUGAGGGUGGCUCCUGCCACCUGCUAAUAGCAGUUCAAACUAAAUUUUUUCUAUCAAGUCCCCGAAUGGAAGUAUGACGUUGAGUCCCUCUGAAGUUUAAUUCUAAGUUCUCAUUAAAAGAAAUUUGCUUUCAUUGUUUUAUUUCUUAAUUGCUAUGCUUCGGAAUCAAUUUGUGUUUAUGCCCCUUCCCCAGUAUUGUAGAGCAAGUCUUGUGUUAAAAGCCCAGUGUGACAGUGUCAUGAUGUAGUAGUGUCUUACUGGUUUUUUAAUAAUCCUUUGUAUAAAAA